AUGUCGGGCCUACUAGGCUCCCCGGCGGGGAGCGAGGACCCGACCAAGAUCGAGAUCCUCAAGGAGUCGCUCUACGAUGCCUGCGCCGCCGCCGGCUCGACCAACCGCGUCUUCACCCAGGCCGACUUUAUGAACUUUGACAUCAUCCCCGAUGGCAACAUCAACACUCUGAUGCGCGUCGUACAAGAGCUCAGCAACGAGAAGCUGUUCAAACCUGUAGGCGACGGCAGGGGUGGCGUGAACUGGAAGUAUCGGAGCCAGGAGGAUGCGCACAAAUACAAAGGCCUCCAGACCCAAGAGCAGAGCCUCGUCUACGAGCUCAUCGACGAAGCCGGCGCCGACGGGAUAUGGUCGCGCACUCUCAAGGCCCGGCUCGGCCUGCACGAGUCGGUCCUCAAGCAGUGCCUCAAGCACCUCGAGUCCAAGGGCUACAUCCGCGACAUGAAGAGCGUCGAGCACCCCAACAAGAAGAUGUACAUCAAGGCCGGCCUCAUGCCCUCGGAGAAGGCCACCGGCGGCCCGUGGUACACCGACUCCAACCUCGACGAGGCCUUCAUCGAGCAGCUCCAAAAGAUCAUCUUUGACUUUAUCAAGAACCGCUCCACCUACCUCAGCACCCACGGCGGCGGCGGCGCCACGAAACAGCCCAAGAACGGCGUCGUCAAGGGCUCGGCCGACUCGGCAUCGGGGACGACGGCGUCCAGGAAACGCACCGCCGACGCGAUAUCCACGGCCGACGCCAAGCCCACCCCGUCCCCGGCGCCGGCCUCGCGCCCCUCGCGCCGCCACCACCACCACCACCACCACAGGGAGCACCUGCUGCCCAUGCCGGCCGGCUACGUCGGCUACCCGACCAACCGCCAGGUGGCCGAGUUCAUCGAGCACUCGGGCAUCACCAACAACACGACGCUCGGCGAGACCGACGUCCAGCAGCUCGUCGACGUGCUCGUCUACGACGGCGUCGUCGAGCCCGUCCGCAACCCCGAGACGCGCGACAUGUGCUACCGCGUCGUCAAGGCCGCCCGCCUCGAGCCCGCCUCCUUCGCCAAGACCUUUGGCCGCGACGACGACCUCGAGCCGCCCAAGCCCAUGGGCGCCCCGCUCGCCGACAACGGGUACACGGGCACGCCCUGCGGGCAGUGCCCCGUCUUCGACCUGUGCGAGGAAGGCGGGCCCGUGCGGCCGAGCAACUGCGUGUAUUUCAGCAAGUGGCUGGGGCUGGAGUGA